AUGGCGGCAUCGUUGGCCUCUCUUCCCACAUCUCAUUUCGUCAAUUCCUCCAGAUUUCCCAGAAGGAGAAUCGAUUCCUAUUGCUCCAAGAAAAACCUUGAAGUUCGUUGUUGUUCCAGCGAGUAUAAUCAGAGAGGGAUAUUUUCAUCAGUGAAAGAAUGUGCGAUUUCGUUAGCUUUAUCGGCCAGUUUGAUAGCUUCAGUACCUUCGAUUGUUUCCCCUCCCAAUGCUUACGCCGCAGCAGCGGCAAAUCCAGCGAUAUCAGAUGUGUCAGUGUUGAUCUCUGGCCCUCCCAUUAAAGACCCAGGAGCUUUGUUAAGAUAUGCAUUGCCUAUCGACAACAAAGCCAUCAGAGAAGUACAGAAACCACUCGAGGAUAUCACUGAUAGCCUCAAGAUUGCGGGGCUUAAGGCUCUCGAUUCUGUUGAACGGAAUGUGAGGCAGGCAAACAGAUCGUUGCAGCAAGGGAAAAGUAUGAUUGUGGCAGGCUUUGCGGAAUCGAAGAAGGAGCAUGGUAAUGAAAUGAUUGAGAAGUUGGAAGCUGGGAUGCAAGAUAUGCUACAGAUUGUGGAAGAUCGGAAAAGAGAUGCGGUUGCUCCAAAACAGAAACAAAUCCUCCAAUAUGUUGGCGGAAUAGAAGAGGAUAUGGUUGAUGGCUUCCCUUACGAGGUGCCAGAAGAGUACCGGAACAUGCCUCUUCUCAAGGGAAGAGCCACUGUGGACAUGAAGGUGAAGAUCAAGGACAAUCCAAACGUGGAGGACUGUGUGUUCCGCAUUGUGCUUGAUGGUUACAACGCCCCCGUCACUGCUGGCAACUUUGUCGACUUGGUGGAGCGCCAUUUCUACGAUGGCAUGGAGAUCCAGCGAUCUGAUGGGUUUGUGGUACAAACGGGAGAUCCAGAGGGUCCUGCGGAAGGAUUCAUCGACCCAAGCACUGAGAAAACGCGCACUGUGCCUCUUGAGAUCAUGGUCACUGGAAAGAAAACGCCUUUCUACGGCUCUACUUUGGAAGAGCUUGGUCUUUACAAGGCUCAGGUUAUGCUUCCUUUCAACGCAUUUGGGACUAUGGCUAUGGCAAGAGAAGAGUUUGAGAAUGACUCAGGAUCAAGCCAGGUGUUUUGGCUGCUAAAAGAGAGCGAGCUCACCCCAAGCAAUUCCAACAUUUUGGACGGUCGUUACGCUGUCUUCGGCUAUGUUACUCAAAACGAAGACUUUCUAGCUGAUCUUAAAGUCGGUGAUGUCAUUGAAUCCAUUCAAGUUGUCUCUGGUUUAGAGAACCUGGCUAACCCCAGUUACAAGAUCGCCGCUUAA